AUGCGUUACAGAGUUGUCACAUGCAAUCUUUGCACAAAAACAUUCCCUAGGAAAGUUGACCUCUUGGCUCACAUUGAGGCUUGUCACAAAGGCAGUGAAGUGUGCCAUUUAUGCUUCAGUGUCUUUCCCCCAUCAGCUGCAGCAGAGCUUGGAAGCCACAUCCGUAGCACCCAUUUGGACUUGUGGGACAGACGCAUCCGCAGUAGGAGGCACAGCUGGAGGUGCCAACAGUGCAAGGGGGUGUUCUACUUUGCUAGGACAUUCGAGAAGCAUUUGCUAGAAGAGGCCAGGGUGUGCCUGCCAUCAGUGCUCAUAACUCAAGAAGAAAGACUUGCUUGUGAAAUUGAGAAAGUAAAACCGAUACUAUUGGAUGCAGUGUUACAAGAACCUGUGGUGGCAUUUGAAGAAGAGUUAGAAGAAUUGGAAGUGGUCUUCUGUGAAGUAUUCACAGACAAAAUGGAGAAAGAGGACAAGAAGAUGGAAGGUGUGACAACCCACAUUAAGGAGGAAGCCAUGCUGAAGAUUGAAGAGGCAAAGCUCUCCACCCCUCACAUCAGUGACUCGGGUCCGCCCCCAUUAGUGUCAAGAACAGAUCCUCCACUUCACCCACAUUCUGCAGCAUCUGCUGCCACAAAUGGAGUGAGAGUGAACAUGGACAAUGUCACGGGUGGACCAAUGAUCACUCAGCAGUCCAGUGGGUUCUCAGGCAUUGUCAACCAUGAUGGCACAAUCCACUCAUGGGAUCAAAUGGGACCAUCAGUGCUCUCUACAGCUCCAGCGUUUAACCCAGUCCCCGAGACUUUACAGGUGGUGUCACAACCUGGAAACAGUCAGAUGUUUUACACCACACCAAUGCUCAAUACUGUUCAUGCAGGAAGUGCGAUUGCCACUCAAGUGCCAUACAUGAAUGGUCCAAGUACUGUGUCUCCUCUUCGAUCUAUUGAGCAGAUGCAGCCUCAGAUCACAUCUCAGUCUUCAUAUGACAUCUCUCUACAGCAACAAGUGCCUUUAUCGGUGCAGCAAUCCCAUCCGCAGCUACAGCAGGGGUCACAAUUGCAACCUUCUAAAGAUCUCAACAUGGCCAUCAUCUAUCAACCCCGCACAGCCUCUCCACAGACUGGAGCGAGGAUGCCCAUUCCCAGUAGGGGUGGCCUGGGUCGUCGACCGAUUCGUGGUCCAGUCAUCAACCGUGGCAUGCGGGGACAGGCCUUUAACCCUAAUCCGGGCAAGAGCGCACCCAUGCGAGCAAGGCCCCAGGUGUCCCGGAGCCCACGAGGACGUGCCAUGCCCAUCCGUGGACGCUUCAUGGCGCCGCGUCGGCGGGGCAUGAUGAUGCCCAUGCCCCUCCGUGCGGUCCCCGAUCCGGACGUUCAGAUCAUCGGGCAGAAGCGGGCGAUCCUCCCAGUGCAGAGCACUUCGCCGCGAGGGAAGGCGCCGCCGCCGCCGUUCAACCUGGGUGAGAAUGUGACUUUGACGUCGGUGAAUCCGGCGGUGGAGUCGCCGCAGAAGACUCCGGAGAAGCCGCCGUCGCGCAUGGCCUGCAUGCUGGCCGAUCGCGGCAUCACGGUGACCCCGACCGCCAAGGACAUCGGGGGCGGCCUCAAGAUCUCCUCGCUCGGUGCCGAUCCCGCGUUUCUAAGGGAGCCGGGGACGCAGCUCAACGACUCCCCGGUGUCGAUACGGAGCGAGUGCGGUCUCCCCGUGGUGGACACUCGGGACCCGGGGGUGAUGCGCAUGAUGUCGCAGCACGGCAUCACGCACGGUCUCAGUGUGGCGCACAUCAUGCCAGGAGAGGAGGGGAAGAGCCUCGUCGUCCCGGUUGUACCUCUGAACGCGGUGGCGCCGACCGUGCGAGACGUGGCCGAGUACUUCUUCCACUGUGGGCGGCUUUUGGAACUGCCCCGCCCGUGAUCGGGUGCGAUCAGUACACUUAACAUAUGCUGAAGAUUCUCUACUGAAGAAUCUCUAUCGAACUGUUGAUCUUCAAUUUUUUUUUCUUUUCAAGCUUAUUCUACCAAAGGACAGACUUCAGUGGACUUGUUUUCUUUGACACCUACUUGAUCGUUCCCUCCAAAUUCCCGAGAAGUGAUUUUUCAUCCUUUUUUUGCUGUCAACCACUGAUUGUCUAAACUUGUUUACCAGGAAUAUCUCUGGGAUAAACAAGAUUGUUUGUGAUUUCCAGUCAUAGCCUAGCAUUCAAGGAAUGAUACAAUUUUUCUAUGAUUCCAGAUGUUCCGAAGAAUAUAAUCAGUUUUGAAUCA